CAAUUAACAACAACAACAACAAAGUCUAGUGAAAAGGUGACAUAAGAGUGUUUCAAUAUUUGAGGGGCUGCCACAAAGAAGAGGGGUGGGCAACCUAUUUUACAGAGCACCAGAAUGGUUGGAAACUAACCAAAGAGAGGAGCAACCUAGAACUAAGGAUACAUUUCUUGACAGUGAGAAGAAUAAACCAGUGGAUCGGUUUGUCUUCAAGUGUGGGUGCUCCAUCACUGGAGGCUUUUAAAAAAAGACUGUCUGAAAUGGUAUAGGGGGCUGGAUUAGAAAACCUCCAAGGUCCCUUUAGAUUUCUUUGUUUUUUUAAUAGCAGCAAAUGUAUUUUAUUCCGCCUUUCCCCGCAAGGAGAAAAAAACAGCCCCGUGAACAUUCUCACUGAGCUCGACCUUCCACCCCACGCUCGCCCUCGCUGCCCAGACUUUAAAGUUAAUUCUUAGGUCACGAAACACACAAAUAGUUCAUUGGCCAACGUUGGCCCCGCCCUCCCGACAUAGCGAACUUGGAAAAACGUAACAAUUAUGUCCUUUGCUGCCUGCCUUAGGCCGCCAGUCGCGCAUGUGCGUUGUCUCGGGGAGAGAAAAGGCGCCGGUAGUUCGUGUCUCCUGGUGGGCCAACUUCAGGGACUGCAUGGCGUUUAUGUGCCAGCGGGACAGCUGGCUUCAGCAGGACAACAUCUCAUCACAGCACUUGCAGAUCUGAUGUUUGGAUACAAGACAACAUCAUGGGAGCUGGGCCGUCAGCGAAGCACUAUUGAGCUAGACACCUCAUCAAUGACGGUAGAUCAGGUGACAGUCCUUGAGCAGAGUGUGAAUGAAAAAAUUCGAGCUCGAGUCCCUGUGAUGGUACGAGAGUUUGCUGUGGGUGAUCCUGAAGUUGAGAUGGUAAGAAGCCGUGGCUUGCCAGAUGAUCAUACUGGGCCAGUUCGGAUAAUAAGCAUUGAAGGUAUUGAUGCCAAUAUGUGUUGUGGCACACAUGUCUCCAAUCUCAGUGACCUGCAGGUCGUUAAACUCUUGGGUACAGAAAAGGGGAAAAAGAACAAAAUCAACUUAAUUUUUCUUGCUGGCAAUCGGGUGCUGAAAAGUCUGGAUCGAAGCCAUGCCACUGAAAAGGCCCUGACAUCACUGCUUAAGAAUGGUCCCGAAGAACAUGUAGAAGCUGUGAAAAGGCUGCAGAGCUCUCUGAAACUACUUCAGAAGAAUAAUGUGAAUUUGCUAAGAGAUUUAGCUGUUCUUACAGCGCAGAACUUCAGAAACACCUCAGCUCAACAGCCAGUAUUUGUCUUACACAGAAAAGAUGGUGACUCUGAGUUUAUGAAUACAAUUGCAAAUGAAUUUGGCUCUACGGAAACCCUCCUUUUCUUAUCUGUGGGAGAUGAAAAAGCAGCUGGGCUUUUUCUGUUGGCAGGGCCUUCAGAAGCAGUGGAGAAACUGGGUCCCAGAGUUGCUGAACUACUGGAAGGAAAAGGAGCAGAGAAACAUGGGCGCUAUCAGGGCAAAGCUACAAGGAUGAGCCAACGAUCGGAAGUGGAGGCCCUUCUUCGGGCAUUCACCAGCAAAUAAAACUCGGAACAAUGACUGGGCAUCCGAACAAUAAUGCAGUUAGGGAAGAAGCAAAUGAUUCUGCCAUAAUUGUUCCUUAAGGACUAUUUAAUAAUACAAUAAUCUGUUUUUGUUUUUUGAGCAUGUCAGUAUCAGCAGAAAAGAAUGAUCACUGGUCUAAUAUCACAGAGGGAUAUUACUAGAUAUCAAAGAGAUAAAAUAUGUAAGAGGUGUGAUAUGUAAAACAAGCAUGUCUGGAAACUAUCUUAUAUCUGUAGGAAGAAGCUUUACCAUAAACCAAGCAGGGUUUUUUUGGUUUUUUUUUUGGUAUUGAGAAGAAUUGCAUUUUUCAGAAAUGUGUUAUGAUGCACGUUCCAUAAAAUUUGUGAUGCUUCGGUAUCACAAAUUAAACACUG